AUGGACCACGAGGGAUUUGCAGGGCCAUCCUCAAAAGUGGUCAAGCCUUUGACACCCGAAGGCCUCGCGGCCUUCAAUGCAGAGAUUGCACGGACGGGUGUAGUCUAUAUAUCUCGAAUACUCCCAGGAAUGCGCCCAGAGAAGGUGCGGCAUCUGAUGACGCACUAUGGGGAGGUAGGAAGGGUAUAUUUGCAGAAGGAAGACCCUAAGACGACGUAUCUUCGACGAAAAUAUACCACCGACAAAAAACCCCAUUUUACAGAGGGUUGGGUAGAGUUCAAGGAUAAGAAGGUAGCACGGACGGUAGCUACCAUGCUCAAUGCUCAGCCUAUCGGAGGGAAGAAGGGCACGCGAUGGAGAGAUGAUGUCUGGACGAUGACAUAUCUCCCGAAAUUCAAGUGGAAUAUGCUAACCGAGCAAAUAGCUCACGAAGCAGCUGCGAGAACCGCUAAACUGCGAGUCGAAAUUACACAGUCAAGAUCAGAACAGAACGAGUAUCUCAGAAAUGUCGAGUUGGCGCGGAUAGUGGAUAAGCGGAACGAGAAGCGGAAGGGAAAGGGUUUGGAACCUCUUCAACUAAAAGAGAAAAGAAAAAAACGACCGCCAGUCGAUGAUGACAGUCGGGAGAAGCGAAGGAAGCGACACAGGGUGGAUGACGAUGCGAGAAAUACUCAGUUGCAGGACGUGUUGGGUAGUAUAUUUUGA